ACGGCACCGCACCGCACCGCUCUCCACAGCCACGAGAGCCCGCUCCCUCGCCGACGGCGCAGCGCGCACCACGUCUGCCGUUGGAAAUCCCGAAUCGCCCAAUAAAAAACGAAUGCGUCCUUCCAUUCCAUCGCACAGACGCCGCAACCUGGGAAAAAACGCCCCAUUUCAUUUCAGAAUUGCAAUCACCGAUCGUUCCGCGGAUUGCGAUCGCCAUGGCCGCCACGGGCUGGUCCGACCUCCCCUCCGAGCUUCUAACGGACAUCGCCGGCGGGAUCACCGAGCUCGCCGACAUCGCUCGCUUCCGCUCCGUCUGCUCGUCCUGGCGAUCGGCGGCGCGGGACGCCGCGGCCGCCCCGCCGCCGCAGCCGCCGUGGCUUCUCCUCCCGUCGUCCCCGUCCUGGCUCUUCUUCUGCCCCCGGGAGGACCGAAUCUACCCGAACCUCCGCCUGCCCCGCCCCGCCGCGGAGGCGCACCACCGCCGCCGCCGCCGCCUCUACGCGUCCCCGCACGGGUGGGCGCUCGCCAUCGACCCGACCGAUCUGGCCGCUUCCCUGGUCCACCCCUUCACCGGCGCGACCCGCCAGCUCCCGCGGCUCCCCUCCUUCUUCGCGGAGACCGACGACAUGGCCUGGGACUGGUCGCCGCACGGCGUCAUGGCGUCCUGCGGCGAAGGCCUGCUCUUCUGCGGCGCCGAUCCGACGGCCGCCGCUUCCUCCUGGGCCCCCAUCCCCGCCCUGGCCGACUGCAACGCCAGCAGCAUCAACUACGCCGGCGGCGAGUUCUUCGUCUUCGAGGAGGACGUCUGCCGCACCACCGUCGUUGACGCGGUCACCCUCGCCGUCGCCGCCGUGAUCCCAGCCCCCGCCGUCGAGCUCCCCGCCGAGGCGCGCGUCGCGGUCGCCGGCGACGAGCUCUUCCUCCUCGUCAAGUCCAAGUGGAUGUACCUCUUCGGCGACGACGUCGACUUCUCCAAGGCCUUCCACGUCAACCACCGCGGCGUCAAUCCGCCGGCCUGGCAGGAGCUCGCAGGCAUCGGCGACCGUGCGCUGUUUGUCGAUUCCCUCCACGGGUUCGCAGUGCCGACGGCGGGGUUUGGCAAUCUUGAAAAUAACACAAUCUAUUCAGUGAGCAGCAAGGAGGUGAACAACAGGCGUCCCACCACGGUGAACUACAACGUGUCGGCAUUUAGCCUGGAGAGCCGUAGCUCCAAGAAACUUGCGUGCCGGCUCAAUGAUCGGGAGAUGGCAAUGCGUGCCGAGACGCCAUCGUGGAUCCUGCCGAGCUUGGAUGAAGGCUGAGUCUGAGCUUGGUGAUCAUCAUUAUUAUUGUCAUGGCAUCAAUAUAUAAGUUCGCUCCUGUAAAUUCUUAAUUCUGUCGCUUUAUAUAGAUUGAUUAAUGUUCCCUUGAUCAAUCACGCAGUCCAAUAUAGGACUAUCAUGUAUGUAACGCAUAUUUGUUGGAAAAUUUCAAUCAAAUUCAGUAUCCUGUGUUAAUGUUCAACUUCAAUAAAAGAUUGCAUGUUCUGUUCA